AUGCCGCUUACCGAUGAUGAAAUUGCAGCUCUCACUCACGACAUAGCGGCCACAAACCACCCCCUUCCAGAGUUGCCUCCCCCCACACAUGUUGCUGGCGCGAGCACCUCCCCUGCUCGCACGCCCUCACCUAAGCCCUCUGAAAUCCAUGAUCAAGGCCCGGUAAGUCCCACCCAGUCAGAGGUGUCGGACACCAGUCGAGAGGUGCCAGAGUUACUCCAACGCGAAGCAAACACGUCCACAUGGGCAGCACGAAACCCAACGCGAGCCACCAUCCGUCCUCGGACACCGCCCCCUCGACUGACAGAUGCCCAGAAGGCGUCUCGAAAGAUCAAGAGAGACCAAACGACGGAGAAAAGGAAGCGCUUACAUAAUGCUGUCGCUGAAUACCUGGAGAAACAACGAGUGAAGAUCGAAGCGCUCUCGCGAGCUCAUAGUGUGACUCCCAAGGCAAUCAACGACAUCAUCGGGGGUCAGACACAUUAUCGCAAUUCUCGCAAGAUGCAGGUGAAAAACACCCUUGUUCACGCUAAGUCAAAGGAGAUGAAUGCAGGGUCUCGAUAUUCGUUGGCAGAGCUCCGCGAAAUGGUCGCAAGUGACCCCAAGAUGAAAGACUUGACGAGGGAACAAGAGGCCGCCUACAUUUCAGCACUCGACAAGCAUCGUGAAAAAAAAUCGGCUGGUGUUCGGUCGAACAAUAUAGCAGCUGCGCGUGAUGUUGUAGCUACGACGGAUAGGAUUGUCAAAGAGCUGGACGACCUGCGAGUUCGGACUGGCGUCUAUGCAACGUUAUUUGUCGUUCGCGGUCACAUUAACGACACAGUUCAAAGUGCGAUGCAUGGGACCGAUAACUCAGAAGACUUCUGGGAGGACGUAUACGAGCAUCCUAUGGCUGAUUUCCUCAGGCAAUAUGAGCAAUGGGCGUGCACCCAGAAUCAAAGUGCGCAUUUCACAUUUUUUGAGAUCUUGUUUUGUACGUGCUGUCCUCGAUUAACGUCGUUUGUAGUCGAGGUGACCGGAAAAAAGGAUAUCGGGAUGAAUUAUCAUAACUAUGAAACAGCCAUCGUCGAGACAUACGGGGUACGCCUGGUGGGGUGGCCCCAUGGUGUUAAUUUUAUUAGCCCCUCGAACAUCGGGACUGUGGGCGACAUUCGCAAGCUGCGAGAUGCACUGAAGGCCCGAACGUGCUACUGGACUGUUCUCUCACCAGCGGAAAUCAAAGCUCACACUGCCGAACUCGAAGCGCGCUGUUCAGCCGGAGAUGUCGUUCGCAAGCCGCGAAAAAAGCGUUCGGAUGCUGGGGUACCUCGGAAACGUAAAGCUGCAACUAGCACAGGUCCUAGUAAGGAGAACCAAAGGACGUUGAAAAGAGCAAAAAGGAAUUCUGCCCAGCUUCCUCGAGGUCCAAAAAGUGCUGAGUUUGUCCAGUCGUCUGAUGAAGAAGGGGGUGACGACAAGUAG